CCGACUUCCGCCCGCGCAGCUUCCCCUCCCGGGUUUCGGGAAGUCCCCUCCCUUCCCCUCCGCGGCGCCCCACGCCUCCAGUCCUCCGCUGCAGCCACCCACCGAGCUGCGCCCCAGCUCUGCGCCCCGGGGCUCGGGGACCCCCGGGGCCCCCACUCUCGGGUUGGGCCAUGGCGGCAGGUGAGAACACAGUCGCUCCAGGCCCGUGGGGCUCCCGUCUCCCUCCCUGGGCUCCGCGGAGGAGGGCAGACGGCUCUGGACCCAACUUCAGGAUCGUGGAGGUGGGAGGACGCAGGGCUGUUGGGUUGCUGGACUUAGCUUAGGAACAAGGGUACUUGAGUCUGCUUAAAAGACACGAAAACUUGGGUCUUGUGGGCUUCCCUGGAAACCUAGAGGGGCGCUCUUUAAGAACGUUAGCUGGGUCGUGAGGCCCUGAUGUCACCAGUAGAGUCGGAAGGUCAGAAACCCCUAAAAAAGACUGUCGGGUUGGCAUGAUGUCAUUGCAGGCCUUUACAGAAAAGAUUGCGAUCUCCGCAGUCGGGAGCCAGCACGGGUGGGGCCUUUAAAGGGGAUUCGGGAGCAGUCUGAGGUCAGAGCCGAGAUGCAGUGAGUGAGGGGGGGGCCAUGGCGGAGGAGCGGCCCCCCCGGCUGGUGGAUUACUUCGUGAUAGCCGGGCUUUCGGGGAGCGGAGCACCCAUCCCCGAGGAGCCGUGGGUUCCCGAGCCCAGCGGGCCCCUGCGCCCUCCGCGGCCGGCUGAUCCCAUCACGGAUGUGGCGGUCGUUGCCAGGGCCCUGGGCGAGGAGGUGCCCCAGGGUUACACCUGCAUCCAGACCUCUGCUGGGGGCCACCCCUUGGAACUCAGCGCCGGGCUCCUGGGUGGAACUCAGCCCGUCAUCUGUUACCGCAGGGGCCGUGACAAGCCCCCUCUGGUGGAGCUGGGGGUGCUGUACGAGGGGAAGGAGCGACCCAAGCCCGGCUUCCAAGUGCUAGACACGACGCCCUACAGCCACUCGGCCAAUCUAGCCCCUCCCGGCCCAGGGCACCCCCGCACCUACCUCACUUACCGGCGGGCAGCAGAGGGGGCAGGGCUGCACGCCCUGGGCAUCACUGACCUCUGCCUGGUGCUGCCCAGCAAGGGCGAGGGCACCCCUCACACCUACUGCCGACUGCCCCGCAACCUCAACCCUGGCAUGUGGGGUCCAGCGGUGCACCUGUGCUACAAGGUGGGCCUGGCCAAGGCCAACACACUGGUGUACGAGGCAGAGCUGCUGGGCCGCUACCCGGAGGAGGACAACGAGGCCUUCCCGCUGCCCGAGUCGGUGCCCGUCUUCUGCCUGCCCAUGGGGGCCACUGUCGAGUGCUGGCCUGCCCAGACCAAGUACCCCGUGCCCGUCUUUUCCACCUUCGUGCUCACGGGUGCAGCUGGAGACAAGGUGUACGGGGCUGCCCUGCAGUUCUACGAGGCGUUCCCGAGGGCCAGGCUGUCGGAGCGGCAAGCACGGGCCCUGGGCCUCUUGAGUGCGGUGGAGCGUGGCCGGGCGCUGGGGGGCCGGGCCGUGCGCAGCCGCCGCGCCAUUGCCGUGCUGUCCCGCUGGCCCGCCUUCCCGGCCUUCCGAGCCUUCCUCACCUUCCUCUACCGCUACUCCGUCUCGGGCCCCCACCGCCUGCCCUUGGAAGCGCACAUCUCUCACUUCAUUCAUAACGUCCCCUUCCCCUCCCCGCAGAGACCUCGCAUCCUGGUACAGAUGUCUCCCUAUGACAACCUGCUUCUCUGCCAGCCCGUGUCCUCACCCCUGCCCCUCAGCGGUGCCAGCUUCUUGCAGCUGCUGCAGAGCCUAGGCCCGGAGCUGGCCGUCACCCUGCUGCUGGCCGUGCUCACGGAGCACAAGCUGCUGGUGCACUCGCUGCGGCCGGACCUGCUCACCAGCGUCUGCGAGGCCCUGGUGUCGAUGAUCUUCCCGCUACACUGGCAGUGCCCCUACAUUCCGCUGUGCCCGCUGGCGCUGGCGGACGUGCUGAACGCCCCCGUGCCCUUCAUCGUGGGCAUCCACUCCAGCUACUUCGACCUACAUGACCCACCUGCUGACGUCAUCUGCGUGGAUCUCGACACUAACACGCUGUUCCAGACUGAGGAGAAGAAGCCCCUCUCCCCUCGGACCCUGCCCCGCAGACCCUACAAGGUUCUGCUGGCUACGCUGACACACCUCUACCAGCAGCUGGACCAGACGUACACUGGCCCCGAGGAAGAGGCGUCCUUAGAGUUCCUGCUGACGGACUACGAGGCCGUGUGCGGCCGCCGGGCCCGGCUGGAGCGCGAAGUCCAGGGGGCCUUUCUCCGUUUCAUGGCGUGUCUGCUCAAGGGCUACCGGGACUUCCUGCGCCCCCUCACCCAGGCCCCCUCCGAGGGCGCUCGAGAUGUCGACAACCUCUUCUUUUUGCAGGGCUUCCUCAAGUCCCGGGAGCGCUCCAGCCACAAGCUGUACUGCCAGCUGCUGCGCACACAGAUGUUCUCGCAGUUCAUCGAGGAGUGCUCCUUCGGCUCCGCCCGGCACGCCGCCCUGGAGUUCUUUGACUCGUGCGUGGACAAGGUGCACCCAGAGCAGGACAAGCCUGAGCCGACGCCCUUGGUGGAGCUGGAGGAGCUGUCGGGGAGCGAGCUCACCGUCUUUAUCACCCCUCCCGAGGAGCCCCCAGCACCAGAGGGCAGUGAAGCCGCCCCCCAGUACUGCUACGACGGCUUCCCAGAGCUACGGGCCGAGCUGUUCGAGUCUCCUCAGGAGCAGCCCGGGGCCCUGCCCGUGCCGGGCCCGACCCGCAGUGCCCCCAACAGCCCUGCCCCCCGCCGUACCAAACAGGCGUCCCCGCCCCAUCCAGGAGAUGAAGGUGGCCCAGCGGAUGGCGCAGAAGUCGGCGGCCGUGCCCGAGCUGUGGGCCCGGUGUCUGCUGGGGCACUGCUACGGGCUGUGGUUCCUGUGUCUGCCCGCCUACGUGCGGUCGGCGCCCUCCCGCGUGCAGGCUCUGCACACGGCCUACCACGUGCUGCGCCAGAUGGAGAGCCGCAAGGUGGUGCUGCCAGACGAGGUGUGUUACAGGGUGCUGAUGCAGCUGUGCUCCCACUACGGGCAGCCCGUGCUGUCGGUGCGAGUCAUGCUGGAGAUGCGGAGGGCCGGCGUCGUGCCCAACACCAUCACCUACGGCUACUACAACAAGGCUGUGCUGGAAAGCAAGUGGCUGUCUGGUACGCCGGGCGGACGCCUGCGCUGGGCCAAGCUCCGGAACGUUGUCCUGGGGGCCGCUCAGUUCCGCCAGCCCCUGAGGGAACGGCGGCGGCGGCAGCAGCAGCAGGCGGCAGCGCCAGAGGCAGGCGGUGCCCAGACAGGUGGGUGGGGGCCGUGACAGGCUUGGGGACAGCAGCCAGGUUCCAGCAGAGAAGCGUGGGGGGCCAGGGCUGGCCUCGUGGUGGGCACUGGGUGUUCUGGGCACUCUGGGUGGGCUGCGCUCGGCCGGUAAAAAGGGGAGGAUGUUCUACCCGGGAGGGUCCCUGCGACCCCGGUCCAUGCGGGGAGCCCUGUGUUGGAGUAGAGGGCUGGUCUCUAGGUGGCUGCCUCUUGGCCUCGUCCCCGUCUUUUGCAGAGCCUCGUCUGGAGCGUCACUCCCCUACCCGCCCGCUUCAGCGCCAGACCACUUGGGCUGGUCGAAGCUUUCGGGACCCAGCUUCACCCACAGGGCGCCUGGUGAAAAGCGGCAGCCUGGGCAGUGCCCGCGGGGCCCAGCCCACCGUGGAGGCCGGCGUGGCCCACAUGAUCGAGGCCUUGGGGGUCCUGGAGCCCCGGGGGUCCCCUGUGCCCUGGCGAGACGGAAGCCUCUCCGACCUGAGCUUGACCGGGGAGGAGCCGGCGCCUGGGGGCAGCCCGGAGGACUCGGGCUCUGCCCUGAGCACCCAGUCCACUGAGGCCCCGGAAGGGCUGAGCGGGCGGACGCCCAAGGCUGGUGGGCGUCAGGACGAGGCCCGCACCCCCAGACGAGGGCUGGGCACCCGCCUGCAACAGCUGCUCACCCCUUCCCGCCGCCCCCCUGCCUCGCGCGGCCCCCCGCCCGAGCUGCCCCCUGACCCACCUCCCCCAGCCCGCCGCAGCCCCAUGGACAGCCUCCUGCGCCCCCGCGAGCGCCCUGGAUCCACUGCCUCUGAGAGCUCAGCCUCUCUGGGCAGCGAGUGGGACCUCUCCGAGUCUUCUCUCAGUAGCCUGAGCCUUCGCCGGUCCUCAGAGCGCCUCAGUGACACCCCUGGGUCCUUGCAGCCGCCCUCCCUGGAAAUCCUGCUGUCCAGCUGCUCCCUGUGCCGGGCCUGUGACUCGCUGGUGUACGACGAGGAGAUCAUGGCUGGCUGGGCACCUGACGACUCCAACCUCAACACCGUCUGCCCUUUCUGCGCCUGCCCCUUCGUGCCCCUGCUCAGCGUCCAGACCCUGGAUUCCAGACCCAGGGCCCCCAGCCCCAAGCCUGCCCCUGCCGGUGGCAGCAGAGACGCUCCUGUCCCCGGGGGCCCAGGCCCUGUGCUCAGUGACCGCAGGCUGUGCCUCGCCCUGGAUGAGCCCCAGCUCUGCAAUGGGCACACGGGGGGCACCUCCCGGCGGGUGGAGGCUGGGGCCUGGGCGUAUCUGAGCCCUCUGGUGCUGCGGAAGGAGCUGGAGUCGCUGGUGGAGAACGAGGGCAGUGAGGUGCUGGCAUUGCCUGAGCUGCCGGCUGCCCACCCCAUCAUCUUCUGGAACCUUCUGUGGUAUUUCCAGCGGCUGCGGCUGCCCAGUAUUCUGCCCUGCCUGGUGCUGGCCUCCUGUGAUGGGCCCCCACCCCCCCAGGUCUCGUCCUCUGCCCGCCACCUCCUGAACCCGCCCCCUUCGUCUUGGCCCCUGCAGGCCCCGUCUCCCUGGCUGACACCUGACCCGGCGUCUGUGCAGGUGCGGCUGCUGUGGGAUGUCCUGACCCCUGACCCCAGUAGCUGCCCACCUCUCUAUGUGCUCUGGAGGGUCCACAGCCAGAUCCCGCAGCGGGUGGUAUGGCCAGGCCCCGUGCCCGCACCCCUUAGCAUGGACCUGCUAGAGUCGGUGUUGCGCUAUGUUGGUCUCAGCGAAGUACACAAAGCCGUGGGGCUCCUGCUGGAGACUCUGGGGCCGCCUCCCACAGGCCUGCAUCUGCAGAGGGGCAUCUACCGUGAGAUCUUAUUCCUGACAAUGGCCGCUCUGGGCAAGGACCACAUGGACAUAGUGACCUUCGACAAGAGGUACAAGUCUGCCUUUAACAAGUUGGCCAGCAGCAUGGGCAAGGAGGAGCUGCGGCAGCGGCGGGCACAGAUGCCCACUGCGAAGGCCAUCGAUUGCCGGAAAUGUUUCGGAGCACUUCUGGAAUGCUAGGGACCCUUAAGCUUUCGUCUCCCACCUGGGGUGGGGAGGUGAGGGAGAAAGGGUUCCAGAGAUAACCUGCUUCCCUACUCCUUCCAUACAGGAGUUGGGGACGGCCUGGGAGGCAGGCCCAGCCAUAGGCACCGAGUGCAUGGGCAGCAGGAAGCGGGACCCGCUGUGACCAAAAGUCACAGUCCCCUAUCUGCGGCCUGCCCAGUGUGCUCACGCUGAUGUUAUAGGAGGUGGGGGUGGCGUAGGGGAGUUGGCACAGUUCUGCUCUUCCCCAAAUUGUACCAGGAACUCUCCUCCAGGGCACCCACAGAUCUGCACCGCCCUGGUCACAUUACAAGUUUUUGUUUUAAAAAACAACUGGAAAAAUACAGAGCUACUGAGCCUUUGCCCUGAAUGGGAGGGAGGGAUGUCAUCCCACCAGUGAUGGUUCUUCUUCCCUAGAAUUGCCGAAGUAGCCCGAGGCUCUCCGUUACACCUUCCUACCUUAGUGUUUGUAUUUUAAGUUAUUUAUUUUGGAGCCAUAGCCCCUUGCUUAGGAGGAUCUUAGGGAUGGUGAGAAAGAGAAGGGACACGGGGCACCAUGGUUCAGUGGCUUGUAGCUGCGGAAGAGGCAGGGGCCAUCUAGAGGAGCCCCAGACCCCCCUCAGGAAGAACUAAAGCCCCGUCCAGUCCAGUCCUUCCCGCCCAGGGCCCGGACCGUGCAAUAAGGGUCGUUCCUUGCAAAGUUUUGUUGGAUGUAAAUAUAGUAAAAGCUGCUUCUGUCUUUUUC